UAACUUUUUGGAUAAUUGUAUUUAGUUUAAAAUAUUUUAAGAGAAAUAAGAAAAUGAUUAUCGGGUGCUGAUCGAUCGCUGAAGCCUCAGGGGGAUUUGAGAAAAGCUAACUUGAGCACGAACCUUAUCCACAGAGAAACCUUAAUGGAAGACAAAACGACGCCGUUACCGAUCUCUGAAGAUCUCUCCCGGAAAAUCACAUCUAUCGCCGCCGGCGAAGCGCACACCAUCGCUCUAACAGGCGAUGGAUGCGUUUACUCGUGGGGAAGAGGAAUGUUCGGGCGUAUCGGCACGGGGAGAGAGACGGACGCGCUCGUUCCAGCUCGAGUCGGGUUCGAGUUCCCGGAUCGAUCGGCCGCUCGAAUCGUUGGUAUUGCUGCUGGUGCUUAUCAUAGCCUCGCUGUCUCAGAUGAUGGCUCGGUUUGGUCUUGGGGCUAUAACAUUUAUGGCCAACUUGGUUUUGAUGGAGAGAACACCUUGGCUCCACGCUUGAUAAGUACUUUCUUUGAACAAGAUGUAUCUAGUUCUUGUCUUAAUGAUCCAGAUCGAGAAGCUACAUCAGAUUUCAAGGUUUGUGCUGUCAAGGCUGGAUCAAUGAUGUCGCUGGCCAUUGAUAACGCCGGAGGGCUUUGGAUGUGGGGCAACGUUCCGCCACAAGACAGUGGACCUGAGCCUCGUUUGUCUUUCACAAGUGUCCCGGUUCCAUUUUUAAUACCUGAGUUCCAUGGCCGGACUGUUUUGAAGGUAGCAUGUGGGGAUGAACACGUUGUUGCUCUUGUUGGUUCUAAGGAGAUUCAAGAAUCUGCGUUGUAUUCUUGGGGUAAUAACCAUCAUGGCCAGUUAGGGCUUGGGGAUGGAGAGAGCCGUGCAAGGCCUCAGGUCGUCGAGGCGUUUAACCAGAACUCUGAUCUUACAGUCUACGACAUAGCUUGCGGUGCUCAUCACACAGCUCUCCUCACCUACAGGGACGGUACACCGAACGGACCAAGCGUUUGCUGGACGUUCGGGUUUGGAGAAAACGGUCAGCUUGGGCGUGGGAGCACCAAGAGCUCACCGGUUCCAGAGCCAGUUUCAGAGCUCCCGGAACAUUCUCACUUAGUUUCCGUAGACUGUGGGUUGUUCCACACGAGCGUGGUGUCGUCCGAGGGAUACGUGUGGUCAUGGGGGAUGGAGAGGGGACUAGGGCUAUGCCCCGAUGUGAAUUUCUCAGAAGUGGAAGCAGGAGACGACAGUGUACCGAGAAAGAUAACCGGUGGGUCAAGAUUCCGUGACCCGGUUCAGGUUUCUUGCGGGGCUGCGCAUACAGUUCUCGUGGCGAACGGUGGUUACAAGCUGUGGUCUUGGGGAAGAGGAAGAAACGGAGUGCUCGGGACGGGCAAUGUUAUGGACUGUUAUGUUCCCACCCCUGUCUUCUGGCCGACGAAUGAGCUGAAACAGGACAGUGAAGAAGCACCGAAACCUGAUGAUGGUGACAAAAGCUCAUCAACGGAGGAGAUUAAACAGCUACAGACAAAGCUAAUGGUGAUGGAAAGAUACGCAAGCAUACUUCAUGGAUCCAUAUUUGGAAAGCCUUUCAACGAAGAGGAAGACAUUCCGUAUUCGUUACGGGUCUCUGGGUACUUCGAUAUGGGGAAAGAGUGGGGAGAGAUGCUGGAGAGUGCUGAUAAGAGUCAGCUUAUGAGGCUUCAAGCUUUCUAUGAGGAUAUGAUUAGUAGGGUUAAGGAUAAGGUGUUGCAGAGAAGGAUUCAGGAGAUUAUGAAAGAUUGUCUUCAAUCAUCAGCCCCUAAACACUAGUGUAAUAUCGCUUGCUGUUGUGCUAAAAAUAAUAGCGUCACUUGAACUGAAGCAGAGAACAUAUAUACUUAGAAAUCAUUUUGAAUGAUUUACUAAAAUUUACUUAAGACAGAUA